AUGGAGAAAGACUACGAUGAGCCCGAAUUCGCUCCUAUAACGGAGCGGAUUGCCACCGUUCUAGAAGAACGAGAACAACAAACCCUUACACGCAUUGCAUCGAGCAAAUUGGGUCAACAACUUUCCAAAUCAGCAAGCCGCAAAGAUGGGAUUCCCCCGCAUCUCGAUCCCACCAACCCACUAUUCGAUCACCGCCAAUGGGCACAGAUGAUAUUGGACCAGGUCAAUGAUGCAGGCAUUGAGCUCCCACACCAAGGCGUCGUGUUUUCGAAUCUAUGCGUGAGCGGCUCCGGCUCUGCUUUGCAGUAUCAAGAAACCCUCACUUCCAGCUUGACAGUUCCUUUCCGAGCUGCGGCAAGAGCUCUGACUGGUCGUGUUUCGCCACCCAGACAAAUCCUUCACAGCUUUGAUGGCCUUCUACAAGGUGGUGAGUUACUCCUGGUUCUUGGUCGACCAGGGAGUGGAUGUACUACAUUUAUGAAGACCAUCACCGGCCACCUCGGUGGCCUAACUUUGGAACCCGGGAGUACACUCCAUUACGAAGGAGUCGGGUUCGACCACAUGAUUAAACACCACAGAGGUGAAGUCGCAUACAACAAAGAGGUCGACCUGCAUUUCCCCCACUUGACUGUAGGCCAGACUCUCGAGUUUGCUGCCCAUGCUCGUGCACCACACCAGCGUCUGGAGGGCGUGACACGCAACGAGUAUGUCAAGACCAUUACACAGGUCGUCCUCUCUGUCUUUGGCUUGUCUCAUACCUACAACACCAAAGUGGGCAGUGAGUUUGUGCGCGGUGUCAGUGGCGGCGAGAGAAAGCGAGUCAGUAUUGCUGAGAUGUUUUUGGCCCGCUGUCGCAUCGGAGCAUGGGACAACAGCACCCGUGGUCUUGAUGCUGCAUCCGCUCUCAAAUUUGUCAAGUCACUGCGUCUUUCUGCUGACAUGGGCUCAUCGUGCCAUGCCAUUGCAGCCUAUCAGGCAUCGCAGUCUAUGUAUGAUCUCUUCGACAAGGUUGUCCUACUAUAUGAAGGAUACCAGAUCUACUACGGAUCCAGGGAGCGUGCAGUUGGCUACUUCCAAGAUAUGGGCUGGGAACGACCCGAACGUCAAGUUAGUGGUGACUUCCUAACUGCCAUCACCAACCCAGCAGAGCGCAGGGCACUGCCUGGCAUGGAGGGCAAGGUGCCUCGCACUGCGAAGGAAUUCUCCGAGCACUGGAGAAGGAGUCCUGAGUAUCAAAUGCUUCAAAAAGAUAUCUCCAAUUUCGAGAGUCAACAUCCACCGAACGGAAGUGAUGCUAAAAGACUCCAAGACAGCCACCAAGAACAGCAGGCUCGCCAUACCCGCGCUCGCAGUCCCUAUCUCCUCUCCAUCCCCAUGCAAGUGCGGCUUUGCAUGCACAGAGCUUACCAGCGAAUGCUUCAAGAUCUGCCGACAGCCAUCUCACCGGUUAUUGUGCAGAUUGUUCUCUCUCUCAUUAUUGGAUCCAUUUUCUACCAGACCCCUGACACCUCCAGUUACUUUUUCCAGAAGGGUGCAGUGAUGUACUUUGCUGUGCUCAUGAAUGCUCUUCUCACGAUCAACGAAAUCCUUCAGCUUUAUGCCCAACGCCCCGUGGUUGAGAAACAAGCGGGCUAUGCAUUCGUCCACCCAUUCACCGAAGCAUUAGCCAGUCUCGUCGUCGACUUACCGAUCAAACUAGUACGAAUCUCUAUUUUCACGAUCGUACUCUAUUUCAUGGCCAAUCUACGUCGCGAACCAGGAGCUUUCUUCAUUCAUUACCUCUUCCUACUCACCGCAGUCCUCUCCAUGUCUGGCCUCUUCCGCAGUGUUGGUGCAUUGACCAAGACCGUUGGACAGGCGAUGGCAAUUGCUGGUGUACUUGUGCUUUGUAUUGUUGUCUACACUGGAUUUACUUUGCCACAGCCAUACAUGCACCCAUGGCUUUCUUGGAUUCGGUGGAUCAACCCCAUCUACUAUACCUUCGAAUCUCUUGUUGCCAACGAAUUUCAUGGCCGAACUUUUGACUGCUCCGCAUUCAUCCCAAGCUAUGGAACAGGCACCUCGUUCAUUUGCUCUACUGUCGGUGCAGUGGCUGGCCAGCGGACUGUGUCUGGGGACGAUUUCAUGGAGAAGAACUAUCAGUAUCACUACUCACACUUGUGGCGCAACUAUGGAAUUCUCAUCGCCUUUCUUAUCGCUCUCAAUACCCUUUACCUGGUUGCCACCGAGUACAUCUCCAAUGACAAGUCCAAGGCGGAAGCAUUGGUCUUCCGCCCUGGACAUGCCCCCGAGUAUCUUCAGAAGGGUCACAGCAUCGAGCUUGGAGAAGAAGAAGUCAACAAACUUGAGUUGCAGGCUACCAACGACACUAUUGGACUUCCGGAGCAAAAUGACAUCCUGUCAUGGAACGCACUCAACUAUGACAUCCCCGUGAAAGAGGGUACCCGAAGACUGUUGGACAACGUCAAUGGCUGGGUCAAGCCUGGCAGCCUCACCGCAUUGAUGGGUGUUUCCGGUGCUGGAAAGACAACUCUUCUGGAUGUGCUGGCCCAAAGAGUCUCCAUCGGUGUCGUCUCCGGUGAUAUCUUCGUGAACGGCAAGGACCUUGCAGCAAACUUCCCCCGUCGAACUGGAUACGUGCAACAGCAAGAUCUACACUUGGACAGCACUACAGUCAGAGAGGCUUUGCGUUUCAGUGCCAUGCUUCGGCAGCCCAAAAAGGUAUCAAAGCAAGAAAAGUAUGACUACGUGGAGCAGGUUAUCAAGGUUCUUGGAAUGGAAGAUUUCGCUGAGGCCGUGGUGGGAAGCCUCGGAGAAGGACUGAACGUCGAGCAAAGGAAGUUGCUCAGCAUCGGUGUUGAACUCGCGGCGAAACCCACUCUCCUCAUUUUCCUGGACGAACCUACCAGUGGCCUGGACUCCCAGAGUUCUUGGACUAUCUGUCAAUUCCUCCGAAGAUUGGCAGACCACGGCCAGGCUGUUCUUGCCACAAUCCAUCAACCUAGCUCCCAGUUGUUCCAAACUUUUAACCGUUUGCUCUUCCUCGCCAAGGGCGGAAAGACCGUGUAUUUCGGAGACAUCGGAGCUGGGUCUUCAAAGCUUCUGAAAUACUUCGAGCACAAUGGCGCUCGUCCCUGUGCCCCACUCGAGAACCCUGCUGAAUACAUGCUUGAGAUGGUCGCUGGCGAUUCGUCCUCGGUUGACUGGGUCGAUGCUUGGAACAAAAGUCCCGAAUGUCAAGAGGUGCAGGCCGAAGUGGAAAGGCUUCAUUCCCGCAAGGUAUCUGUGCACCAAUCAGCCCUCGAAGAACUGGAUGACGACAACGCCGAGUUUGCCAUGCCACUACACAGCCAGCUGUACUACGUACUUGGUCGUGUUUUCCAGCAAUACUACCGCCAGCCAGAAUACAUCUACGCCAAAUUCAUUCUCGGUAUUGUUUCUGGUCUCUUCAUCGGCUUCUCUUUUUGGAAGUCAGAUAGUACCCAGCAAGGCUUCCAAAAUGUGCUUUUUAGUGUUUUCCUCCUGUGUACGAUCUUCAACACUCUGGUUAACCAAAUCAUGCCGAAGUUCGUUGUCCAGCGCUCUCUGUACGAAGUUCGCGAACGUCCAUCCCGCAUUUACUCCUGGAAAGUCUUCAUUCUCUCCCAGAUGCUUGUCGAGAUUCCUUUCCAAGUUUGUCUCGGUGUCUGCGCUUGGGCCUGCUUCUAUUGGUCUGUCAUUGGGCCUGAGCAAGACGGCGAGCGCCGCGCUUUGAUCAUGCUCUUCAUCGUUCAGUUCUACAUCUACGCCGCAAGUAUGGCACAGCUGGUGGUCUGCGCGAUUCCAGAACCUACCGUGGCAGCCAUGCUCGCUACCCUGAUGUUCGGUCUCUCCUUCAUCUUCAACGGUGUGAUGCAGCCGCCCGAUGAUCUCCCUCGCUUCUGGAUCUUCAUGUACCGAGUCUCGCCGUUCACAUACUACAUCGGUGGAAUCGGCGCUACUGCGCUCCACAAUCGUGAGGUGGAGUGCAAUGCGGCUGAGAUGAGUGUAUUUGAUCCACCAUCCGGUCAGACCUGUGGCCAGUACAUGGGAAAAUACCUUGAGACGGCGGCAGGAAAGCUUUCGAAUUGGAAUGCUACCUCAAGCUGUGAGUACUGCUCUAUCAGCUCUGCAGAUCAAUAUCUCGCUGCUCGCAAGAUCUACUGGGAGGACCGCUGGAGGAACUAUGGUAUCUUCUGGUGUUAUUUUGUUUUUAAUAUCUUCGCUGCUAUCACACUCUACUACCUGUUCCGGGUGCGCAGCUCCAAGGCCAAGACCAAGAAGGCUUGA